AUGGUGCGGGUUACUGGCUUUGACGUAGCUCACAACCACAACGUCUCCAAGUCAACAUACAAUAACCAUGCAUCGAACCGCCGUGUGGAGGAUCCAGACGUUCUUGCCUUCGUGGAUGAGCUUCAGGCAGCUGGAUCUAAGCCAAAACUGAUCAUGCAGUAUCUACCAAAAAAACCCCGCAUGUUACGCUACGGGAUGCACAACAUGGUCACGAAGUUAAAGGAAAAGCGGAAAGGAUGUGCCACGACGGAGGAGCGGUUGGAAACCGUCUUGCAGGAGCUUUGUGAGACCCGAGGCAAUCGGGCCACUGUGUUUGUGGAUGAUAGAUAA